AUGCUCCUCGUGGGCCUCGCGGUUGCCGACAAUCAGGAUCGCAAGCGGGACGGCACGGGCAACCAGGACCGCGACAGGAAGCGCGACGGCUCGUGCGCCAAAUCUGGCACGUGCAGCGGCAACAAGAACGGCGGUAACCCCGGUGGUCGCAGCGGCAAUGGCGCCGGGAGGGGGAAUCAGGGGAAGAAAGGCACGGGGACUUGCAACAAGAGCAGCACUGCGAGUUGCGACGGCAGCGGGCGGAAGAACGCGGUGAUGGCGAGCGCGAAUGCGGUGACGGCUGCUGACGUGGACGUGCAGGCGUGUGACGGGCCGAAGCAAGCGGGAAAGCUGAUGAGCGGAUUGCGGAAGAGCGGAUUCAAGAAGUUCGCGGCGGCGCUGCAGCAGACAGGUGCGCUGCAGCAGACAGGUGCGCUGGGCCCGCUGCUGGCGCUGCCCCUGUCCUGUCGCUGUCCUGCCGCUAUUGCCCUGCCCCCGUCGGUGCGAGGGGAUGCGCUGAUGCUGAGGGAACAGCUCAUGCUGCACGUUGUCAAGGGCGCCCGCCCCUACGCGCGCAUGCAGGCUCGUGGCAAGAACUACAAGGUGACAGCCAGCAUUCCAUGCUCAACCACAAUCACUUCUUUCUUUCUCUUCUAG